UUCCCUCCUUUUCCUUUGCGCCAUUACUUCAAAAUUCUAUGUUCCAAAACCCUCUCUUCUUCGAGUUCUUCCACCUUCCCUUUGCCCACAAUUCAAUUUCAUCUUCACUGAUUCUUGUUGCUCCGCCCUCAUGCCCCUCACCAACGACGCCGCCCACUGCCGUCACCACUCAUCUCAAUUCCAAAUACCUACUAACAUCGGCGAUGAAGACGAUUUUCUUCCUUCUACCCAGACACUCCUCUCCACGCGGUCGCAAAAACCCCUCGCGACCUCCGACUUAUCCCUCCACAUUCCCACUAUCAAGAGGCCGAGGCGUUCUACUCCGAUGGCCACCGGUAAGGAAAAUGUUCCCUCUAUAACACAUCGCGACGUUGGAUUUAAGCGCCAAAAAAAUGGCGCUGUUGCUUUGGAUGAUGGUGAGGUAUUCGGAGCUUCGGAUAUUGAUUUGGGUUGUAGUUUGGAUUUGAUACAGCCGAGCAUUGUUGGCUGCAGUUACGAAACUCAUGAUGUAAACUCGGGAGAGGAGAUAGUUGAUGGGGAUGAUGAUUUUUCUGGUGCGACCGAUGAAUGUAAAGGGUCGAAGGAAAAGGGGGGCUACCUGGUCAAUUCGAUUGAAUCUAGGUUAGUGAAUUCGAGAGUAGAUUGUGAUGUUGGGGUCAGUGGCAGUGGAGAUGACAAGGUGAGCGGUGAUGGUUUUGAGUCGGAUACAGAGCUAGACUUGUUGCUCAAUCUGCAUUCAGAACUGGAUGAGGAAGAUGGUAUUAAUGGAGAGGGAUUUGGAAUAGAGGCAACAGAUUUUCUGGUGGAUGAAGAAGGUUUGAUUCAAUGUCCUCUUUGUGGGGUUGAUAUUUCUGAUCUUAGUGACGAGCAACGUCUUGUUCAUACCAAUGAUUGUAUUGACAAAGUGGACGCCCAAGCUCAAAAUGCUGCUCUCACCCAUGAUAAAAAGCAAACUUCAGGUUCUCGACAGUCUGAUAAUAAUUCCAAAUUUUCAACUGUUCUCAAAUGGUUGCAUGAUCUUGAUUUAUCGAAAUAUGAAGACCUUUUUGUUAGGGAGGAGAUCGAUUGGGACACGUUACAGUGGUUGACAGAUGAGGAUCUCAAUAAUAUGGGUAUUACUGCACUUGGCCCCCGAAGGAAGAUCACACAUGCUCUCUCUGAACUCAGAAAAGAAUCUUCUACGGUUGAAACUUCCACGAAUUCACUUGCCUCUUCUAGUACUGGGCAACAGAGUAACAAUGGUUCAGAUGGGCGUGAAGGAUCAACCAAUGGAACUAAUAAAACACCUCCGAAUAAGUUGAUCACAGAUUAUUUCCCAGGCUUUGCCACUAAUAAAAAUAAUCCAUGCGGCAUCUCUAGUGGUCAGAAGGAUGUGGGGAAAAAAAUACCCGGUUCUCUUAACAAAGGUAAAACUGCAAAAAGAAAUGUAAGAAAUGGAAAGCUUGGGAAUGUUCCAGUCUGGAGUUGUAUACCAGGGACGCCAUUUAGAGUGGAUGCUUUUCGACAUCUUAGAGGAGAUUGUUUCCAUUGGUUUCUUACCCACUUUCAUAUGGAUCAUUAUCAAGGUUUGACGAAGUCAUUUUGUCAUGGAAUGAUUUAUUGUUCACCUAUAACAGCAAAGCUAGUAAACAUGAAGAUUGGAAUUCCAUGGGAAAGGUUACAAGUUUUACCUCUCGACCAAAAGAUAAACAUUGCGGGAGUAGAUGUAACCUGUUUUGAUGCUAAUCAUUGCCCUGGUUCAAUAAUCAUACUCUUUGAACCACCCAAUGGUAAGGCUGUUUUACAUACGGGGGAUUUCCGAUUUUGUGAGCAAAUGGGAAGCUUGUCGGUUUUUCAAACAUGUCGUAUCCAUACCCUGAUCCUUGAUACCACUUAUUGUGAUCCACAGUAUGAUUUUCCAAAGCAGGAGACCGUUAUACAAUUUGUAAUUGAUGCCAUUCAAGCUGAAGCUUUCAACCCUAAAACUCUUUUCCUGAUUGGAUGUUAUACAAUCGGGAAGGAACGGCUUUUUCUGGAAGUUGCUCGUGUCCUGCGCAAGAAGGUCUAUGUAACUGCGUCAAAGUUAAGGAUUUUGAAAUGCUUGGGGUUCUCAGCGGAGGACAUGAAGUGGUUUACAGUGAAUGAGCGGGAAAGCCACAUACAUGUUGUACCUUUGUGGACACUUGCAAGCUUCAAACGACUGAAGCAUGUAUCGACUCAAUAUGCAGAUCGAUUCAGUCUUAUAGUUGCUUUCUCUCCAACCGGCUGGGCGCUUUCAAAAGGAAAGAAGAAAUCCCCUGGGAGAAGGUGGCAGCAAGGUACAAUUAUAAGAUAUGAAGUGCCAUAUAGUGAGCAUAGCAGCUUCUCAGAACUCAAGGAUUUUGUAAAGCUCGUAUCUCCAGUAAACAUAAUACCAAGUGUGAAUAAUCAUGGACCUGACUCGGCCCGUGCCAUGACCUCGCUAUUGUCAUCUUGAUUCGCGGACCACACUCCUACUUGAUGGGUACGAUAAAACUCUUUUGGCUCUUGCUCUAUCAAAUCUGCAGAUUUCACCCAUUUUAUAUAAUCGUCUUAUAUUAUUAUUAGUAAACUACUUGUAUUGCUUAACCAUGCCAAUAUUGUUGGGUCCUAGUGGUCGUAAUUGUAUCUGAAAUGCAUCCAAAGGUCACUAAUGUCUUGAUUUGAGGUAUGUCUAGAUCGACUCGUAUAUUUAUUUAUAUAUAGUAGUUUAGAACCCUAGAAAAGAAAAAGAGAAAAGAGGAAAUCAAUUACUUCUGAUGUACUUUGAAUAUUCUGUGUCACAAUGAAAAUUAUAAAUGCUCUAUAAUGUAAUCAUGUAUUGUAUUCAUUUUUCAUUUGAUCUAAUUUUUGGCAUCUCUUGGUUUAUUAUAUUGUUUACAAGUUAGUAUA